GGGCAGGCAUCCAUGUCCACGAACCUUCGUCAUCGGACGUGCAUUCUGGUGAGCUGGCCCUCAAUACUGCUCACAAAGCUUGAAGAAUACUCCGUUCUAGGGAGACUUCUUGGUUAAAGCAUAUCUAUCCAAAUACCACCCCACAUACACCUUCUACGGCUUCCGGUAUACUCUCUGGAGCUGCUAUGUUAAAAUAAUGCAAACCCCAAACGACUGAAUCCACCAUGGUCCGCAAAGGCGGAACUUCCACACAGCAUCGGCCAGCAUCCACAUCAGCAAAAGGGAACACGAUUCCUCCACCCUCCACCAUAGCAGCCCAAAUCGUCAACAAUGCCACCGCUACCAAGAACUCCACCCUUAAAGGCCAGCCUCAGGACGGAGGAGCCACCACCAAAAUCCCCUUCCCAGAACUCCUCCGCGAAUUUCUUCGCAAUCCCAUCAUUGACGACCUCGAUCCCCAGCUCAACGUGCAAUUCAUCUCAACCAUCGUCGAGGCCGGACUGGAUGCUUUGAAUCAGGGGAACCCGUUCGCGCUGGAACGGCCGAAGGAUUUGGCAAGUGACAGCCUCAGAGCCAUUAGGAUCAGCAUAUGGCAGAUUCCCCAGCUGUUGCUUAGUACGAGGGCACAGAAAGAGGGGGAUGGGGUGGGGACCGAGCCGCCGGUGUUUCUCUGGCUUUUUACGAAGAUUCUGGGAUUGGUGGAUGUGGCGAGGUAUGAGGGCUUGCACAGUGAGUUGCGCGAACUGUUGAGUACGUUUUUGAAAGCAUUGGGUAGGUCGCAGGGGUUGUGGAAAUGGGAGGAGGUGGUUGCGAGGCUGUAUAGGGGAUGUGUUGACUCGAUUUUGUCUACUCUGGAGACGCCCGACAUUACACCUACGCUGAGCCCUCAAUGCCACAUCGUCCUCCCUCCAUUAACCAACGUCAGCGAUCUCUGGCCGGAAAGCCAGAGCGUUAUUGCACUCCCACAAGGCUGUCAGAUUACACUUACCUCGCGCUCCAAAGCCAUACUCGUUGGCUUAAUGCUUGUACAGAGUCUGCUUGAUUACAGUGAAGCCCGGCAUGAAGGGCAAAGGACUACUGUUGCACCCUUCUUGGAUAACUACCUCCCUUGGAUUUUGGAUAGUUGCCUUACGUUAUGGCGGUGCUUUAGGCUGGGAAGGCCUGUCGAGCGCAACACUGUGUACAAUGCUAUCGAAACCAACUUUAUGGAUGUCCUGGGGACGGCGACACUGCCUUGUAUUCGAUCCCGAGAUUCUCCAUAUUCGCUCAAAGCCGCCAUUGCGCUUUCAACAAAUCUGGCAGACCUCAUCCAGUCUUGCACAAAAUCUGGGUUCCCAGUGCCGAAUCAGACUCGCCUCGCCUCCUUGGUAGUUCGCCUUCGAGAGGCUAUUGAAAACCUGGACGGUGGUAGUGGAGGAACUACGGACCGGCGCAGGGAUAUCAAGAACCUCAUUACAGACACUAUGGCGCCCGUUAUACUAGGAACAUGCGAAAAUGAAGAGAGAUUUGCUUCGUUGGAAAAAGAUCUACAGCUUGCCUUGUGCCUAUGGACCUCGUCCGGAAACUGGCCGGCUCAGGUCAUCGAGUUGCGGAGUCUGCUAUGUUCCGGUACGAGCGAUGUGUUCUCAGAUACCACUCUUCAGGGAGAGUGUGCUUCCGUUGUCAGGGCCUUCAAACACCUGAACGUUGCAGAUGAUGAACCUCCGACUAAGCGGCGGCGCACAACUGAUUGGAUUCAUGACAACGAUCAUCUCGUACCCUACAAGCAGCUUGUCAUGAGGGUGACCGGUAGCACCCAGGAAUCGCCUGUCCUUGGCCUCUCUGGACUUCAUGAAUCCAUUUUGGAUAUCUACAGAGGCAGAGGCGAAGAGCCAAAAGACGAAACAACUGAUACCGAUAUGGUAGAUGCUGAACGGGAAGCUGGCGAAGGCAAACCUCUCGACAACGAUGGACAGAAUUGCGAGCUGAUCCAAGCAUUGGGAACGCUAGCAUGUGCCGGAACUCGAUGUUUGCGGCCACUUCAACAUGACCGGCCCGCCUCGUGGAAAGAUAUGGGGUGCGACUUGUGCGAUACUUCUCAGCCAUGCCAACGGACUGAGCAAGUAUUUUGGGACAAGACUACAUCCGGCGAUGACUGGAAAGAUGCGAUAGCGGCAAUGCUCACCAUCAUCGGACUGCAGGAAUUUCGGGAGUCCGCGAAGCCGCGGAUUCACAUGGCCCUUGCGAUCAGGAGGGUUUUUAAUCACAUCUCCAAUGCUGAGUACCUGAAUCUUGAGGACUCUGCUUUGGGUGAAUGGCUUCUGUCGUCAAUGAGUAGUUCGCUACGGGAGCUGAGGAUCGCGGCAGUGCAAGCUCUCAUGGUUUUCCUUCGAACUGACGUUCCUCAGCCUAUCAGAGGGAAGAACCGCAUGCUGGCGCUUGAAUUCUUUGAUACUCUGUCAAAGAAAGAUACGCUCUCCGUACAUGAGACGUUGAUCAUGGCUUAUGGUCAGGCGGCAAGGGUCUGUGGAGAAGACGAACUUCCCAUCAUCCUGCUUCAAUUGGUCGAGUACCUGGGGCAUACCAAUGCGUUAAUCUGUGCUAUGGCCUACAACGAGCUCGCAUCCGUCGCAGAUGCUUUCAAAAAGAAGCCUGUGGAUCUAUUACGCCCUUAUUGGAGAAGCAUCGGGGUCUCGUUGUGUAAAGACCUGCGCAACAAGCCACAGAAAGCGCAACAUCUCUCUGACCUCACCGAGCAAAGCGUCACUCACCUGCUAUUGUCGACUCAAGCCGACAUCCUUCCCUACUUAGUGCUGACAAAACGGAAAGAUAUCCUGCAGCAAAUAGCAACGGCGCGUGGAAGCAGCAUUCAGGAUGUAUGCAUCCAGCCGCAUAGGCACCUUGCUAAUAUUCUGGCUCUGCUGCUCUGCCAGCCUGUUUCAGACGUGGAGAAAAGUGCGAUGGACGCUUUGGUGGCGGUGUCUCCUGCCUUUGGCGAGAGUGGUUUCGAUCUGUCGGAUUAUGUCAAGUAUGAGCCAGUGAUGGUAGCCUGCGAGAUAUUGAAAUCUGCCGCCGAUCAGCACGAGUCGAAGAAACCACAGUAUCAUCGCGGCUUUCGUACACUCGUUGCCCUUGCGGACAUGAAGAACGGUCAAAGGAAGUCCAGUGGCAAGAAGAAGGCCCUGGAGGCGUUCUUUGAAGUCCACCUUCUAGGCAUUAUGGCACAUUUUUCGGAGAUUCUCGACUCGGCUGUUAGUUACCCUGUGGUCGAGAAGAAAAGAUGCGUUGGGGCCAUCAAUGAGAUGAUCACUAUAGCCGGCAAUUGUGCUAGCUCAGCGUUGCCCCAGAUUAGGGCUAGUCUUCAGUCGGCCAUGGCGGAUCCCCAGCUCUGUGAUCAGACGUUCUUGGUCUGGUCUGCUCUCCUUGCCGUGUUGGAUGAAGAAGACUUGGAGCUCGUUAUUGACCAGACCUUUGCCCUGAUCGUACAGAACUGGACAUGCUUCUCGGAGGAGACCCAUGUUGUCGCCAAUGAGACACUCAUGGGUCUGGUCCAUAAGCAUAACGCGCUGUUGAGGGAAAGGAUCGGCUACAUCCCUUCACUGGCUUCGAUACCGAUGCUGUCAAAACUAGAAGCUGAGCUUUCCCGCCUUAAGGACAAGGUCGACAAGGCCAGCCUUCUCAGCACAUUCAGUCAACGACUGAACGACGAGAACGCCAUUGUGGUGCGCCAUGCUCUCAAAGAACUUGUACGCUUUCUCGAGACGAACCAGAAAAUUCUACACCAAGCGGCUGUGUCUCAGAAGCCCUUCCCCGGGCUACCUGCGCUUACUCGCUCCCUCCUGGAUGCUUGUGUGCGAUUCGCAGAGGACCACCAAGACAUCCCUACCCUUUGUGCUCGCUGUCUAGGACAAGUCGGCGGGCUGGACCCAUACAAGGUCGAAACCGUGCGCGAGAAGAAGCAUAUCCUUGUGCUUUCCAAUUUCGAGCGUCUCGACGAAGUCAUCGAUUUCUGCGCGUUCCUGCUCGAGCGCGUUCUCGUUAAAGUCUUUCAUUCAACGACCAAUUCCAGAACACAGGGCUUUCUGGCCUACGUGAUGCAAGAGCUGCUCAGAGCCUGUGGAUUUACCACGCUUACUGUUCAGCGGCCGCGAGCUUCGCAGCCGAGUCCCGCGUUGCAGCGAUGGAUCGAGAUUCCUGAAACGGUGAGAAAUACAUUGACGCCGUUCCUUAGUUCACGGUACACGAUCCGUGGGAUAUCGAAUAGUAACGCGCAGGAGUAUCCGAUCUUCAAAGCUGGGGUCAGCCAUUCCGGUUGGCUUCGAGCUUUCGUGUACGAUCUGUUGCAGAGUGGGAAGGGGGAGAAUGCGCAGAUGAUAUUUACGGCGCUGGCGAGGAUUAUCAAGGGUCAUGAUUUGUCUAUAGCGACAUUCAUUCUUCCGUUUGCGGUACUCAACCACAUCAUUACUGGGGAAGAGAAGCAGACUGCGAAGAUUGGGCAAGAGCUGUUGACGGUGCUUCAGGCGGAGAAUCAAGUGGAAGAUCAGACCGAGGCCUCUACAAUCAAGCAAUGCAGUGAGAAUGUCUUCCAAGUUUUGGACUACCUCGCACUCUGGCUCCAGGAGAAGCGCAAAAGCCUGUCCGAUGCGAAGCUCAUGGCCGGUAAAACCGGCCGUGGUAUAUCCGAGGAGGAACAAAUCAAAGACGUCGCUGCCAUCAGUUGCGUCGAGCGUGUCCUUCAACUGAUACCUGCAGAGGUGAUAUCAAGGCGGGCUGUGGAAUGCGGGUCCUAUGCCCGAGCGCUCUAUCACUGGGAGCAGUACUAUCGGCAGGAGCGGCAAAAGGCAGAGGAUAAGGGGGAGAGUUUCGAAAGCGAUGAGCUGAUGCAGCAUUUGCAGUUGAUCUAUGCGCAGAUCGAUGAGCCUGAUUGUAUUGAGGGGAUAUCAGCGCACCUGCAGGUCCUGAAUCCUGAUCAGCAGAUCAUUGAGCAUCGGAAGGCUGGACGGUGGACGGCGGCGCAGAGCUGGUACGAGUUGUCUUUGGCCGAGAAGCCGAAUGAUGCGGAGACGCAGAUAAAUCUCUUGACUUGUCUCAAGGAGUCUGGACAAUAUGACUCCAUCUUGAACUAUGUCGACGGUUUUCAGGCCUCCAAUUCCUUUUCACCCAGCACACUACCCUUUGCGGCUGAAGCAGCUUGGUCGACGGGCAAAUGGGGUCAUCUUGAGAGGAUGCUAGGAUCAGCGUCUGAUUCCGGUAACUCCGCUUUGGACUUCAACGUCGGGGUCGGGCGGGCAUUACUGGCCUUGCGGGGUAAGCAGCCGCAAGAGUUCAAGACUUUGAUUGAAGCUUUGCGCGCGGCAGUGGCGAAGGACUUGUCGCCUACGUCGACUAUGUCGCUGCAUGCUUGCCAUGACAGUCUCGUCAAGCUGCAUGUACUCUAUGAGAUGGAGGCUAUUAGUGGUGUUUCGGCGAAUCCUGCGACUGAUAAGAGCGCCCUCAUCGAGACCUUGGAUCGGAGACUGGAUGUUCUGGGGGCGUACACGUCAGACAAGCAGUAUCUUCUCGGCGUGCGGCGUGCUGUCAUGCAAUUGUCAAGGAUCGAGUUCACCAACCUCGACGUUGCCUCAGCAUGGUUGACCACGGCGAGGCUCGCACGAAAAGCAGACUUCAUGGCUACAGCGUUCACUUCAGUGCUUCAUGCUGCGCAACUUGGAGAUGACGCUUCAAAGAUUGAGUACUCGAAGCUACUCUGGAAAGAAGGCCACCACCGGAAAGCCAUCCAAAACCUUCAGGGCGCAAUCACGAGCAACGCUUUCCUUAGCCGUGACACGGUGCCGGUCGAAGUCUCCGUCAGCAGGACCAUGGAGCAUGCGCAAAGCACCAACAAGGUCAAAGCACAAGCUGAGUUACUCCUUGCGAAGUGGCUGGACCGUGCAGGACAGACAAAGGCUCUCGCCUUGAAAGACGCAUAUGCUUCUGGCAUCAUGUCGUAUCCCAGGUGGGACAAGGGCCACUACUAUCUUGGUCGUCACUAUGACAAACUUCUCGAGUCGGAAAAAGCUCUCCCAGUCUCUAAGCAAACUAACGCGUAUUUUGCUGGGGAGUACAACAAACUUAUCAUCGAGAACUACGUCAGGUGCGUGGUGUACGGAACCAAGUACUAUUACCAGACGAUCCCCAAGGUCUUGACCCUAUGGCUGGACUUGGGAAUGGAAGUAGUGGCAGGGCAACCCAAGGGGCCCAGAGAGAAAGAGAUGUACCAACACAAGGUCAAAUACCUGGAAGCGAUCAAUCGACAUAUCAAGAGAUAUACGAAUGAGCGGAUGCCGGCUUAUGCUUGGUAUACGGCCUUUCCGCAGAUCAUCACGAGGAUCGCGCACCCCAGUGACACGGUGUGGGAGGUGUUGCAAACGAUUAUCGUGAAGGUAGCGGCGCAGUAUCCGCAGCAGGCUUUGUGGAGUCUCUUGCCAGUCACGAAAGCGACGCAACAUGACCGUCGAGCGAGAGGCCUUGCAGUAUUACAGAAGCUCAAGACGGAGACCGUGAAGAGGAGAACACACGCAGUCGACCUCAACACGCUCAUCGUCCACGGCCAACGCCUCACCGACGCCCUCCUCUCCGCCUGCGAUCAUCCCGUCGAACCUCGCGUCACCCACGUCUCCCUCUCACGCGACCUAGGCUUUAACACAAAGCUCGCCCCUUGCCCCCUCGUCGUGCCUAUUGAAGCAACCAUGACAGCCUCACUCCCUUCCACCAACGACAGCAAAGUCAUCCGGAAUCACAACCCCUUCCCCACGGACGCCAUCACCAUCUCGUCCUUCACCGACGACGUCCUCGUCCUCUCGUCACUCCAACGCCCCCGCAAACUCACCGUCCGCGGCUCCGACGGGCGCUCCUACGGCCUCCUCUGCAAGCCGAAAGACGACCUCCGCAAAGACCAGCGCUUGAUGGAGUUCAACGCCGUGAUCAACCGCGCCCUUACUCGCGACAACUCCGCCUCCCGCCGUCGCCUCUACAUCAAGACAUACGGCGUCACGCCGCUGAACGAAGAAUGCGGCAUCAUUGAGUGGGUCGAGGGCCUCAAACCCAUGCGCGACAUCAUCAUCCGUCUCUACCGGCAAAAGGGCGUCAACAUUGAUUACACGGAGAUACGAAACCUGCUCGCCGAAGCGUGCUCCGCACCGAACAAAUCCCCCAUCUUCACCGACGUCAUCCUGAAAAAGUUCCCGCCGGUCCUGUACGAAUGGUUCAUCGAAUCCUUCCCCAGCCCGGACUCGUGGUUCGCGGCGCGAACACGCUAUACGCGGUCGUGCGCCGUCAUGUCCAUUGUCGGCCACGUGCUAGGCCUAGGGGAUCGGCAUGGCGAAAACGUGCUCCUCGAGGAGGGCAACGGCGGGACCUUCCACGUCGACUUCAACUGCCUCUUCGACAAGGGCCUCACGUUUAAGCAGCCGGAGCUCGUGCCCUUCCGCCUCACGCACAACAUGGUCGACGCCAUGGGCCCGCAGGGGAUCGAGGGCGCGUUCCGCACCUCUGCGGAAAUCACGUACGCGCUCCUCCGCCAGCACCGGGACACGCUCAUCACGAUCCUCGAGACGUUUGUGCACGAUCCCACGGCGGAUUUUCUCUCCGCUGGCGGCGGGGGCGCGAGGAGCCGGAAGAGGCGGGUGGCGGGCGUGCCGGAGACGCCGCAGGAGGUGCUGGAGAGCGUGAGGGGCAAGGUCGAGGGGUUGAUGAAGGGGGAGACGGUGCCGUUGAGCGUCGAGGGGUAUGUGGAUGCGCUCGUGGGCAUGGCGAGGGAUGAGCGGAAUCUGGCGGGCAUGUAUAUUGGGUGGUGUGCUUUUUUCUAGGAGAAU